UUUCAGCAGUUUGACAGGUCUUUGGAAUGGCUAAUUGAUGCUGCGUUUGAGAAUCCACAUCGGAUGCAUUUUUUACAUCUCGAGCGUUUUUUUAUCCACAUCGGAUACAUCUGUCCCAUUACAUUUACGUAUACUGAAUCACGUGAUCAAAGAUUUUUUACAUCUCAGAUGCACCGAUGUGGAUUCUCAAACGCGGCAUGAGUUGGUACCAUGUUCUGUGGUUGGUACUGGUUGGUUGGUUGGUUGGUAUCCUCCAUGGUUGGUAUGUUGUGUUUUGUUUUUGUAUUUUUAGAUUUGUAUUUUUUUGACAGAAUGAAAUAAUGAAUAUUAUUUACCGGAGUGUGCGAAAUCAUAGCAAUUUAAAUGUAAAUGUAUUGCUGCAUAGUGCAGUAAACAAUAGAUUAUUGAUUUAUAAGAAUAUUAGUAUUUGUUCUCAGAGGAUAAAUUUAGAAAAAAAAUCGUGUUAUGAUUACUCCUACAAAAAGAGAUGGUACUCUGAAAACAAUUCCGGACCUCCAUCCAACAAACUACCUUCUUUAUUACCUGAUUUUCCUGUUAUUGUUUGGCCUUCUUUUCUAAAAACUUUAAAAAACUUCGUUCUUUUCAAUUUUAUUAUAAAACCAUACUUAGAUAAUGAAUUUAGUCUUCCGGAUUUCGUUGGCGCUUCUAAAAAAGCAGUGGAGGUAGUCUCAAGAAAGUUAGCCGAGGGCGAUGUUAAAUCAUUAGAUGGUCUAGUAACAAAUGAUAUAAUUUCUAGUCUUCAAAAGGCUCUAUCACUAAUGUCUUUGAGCCAGAGAGAGCAGAUAGCAAUUAAUGUUGAAGACAUUUACUUUUCAUUUCCUUAUCAAGUCGGAAUAAUAUUUAAUGACGAAGAAGGCAAAGAUCAAAAAAGAUUUGUUGAAAUAACUAUGGUAUACCACACUCUUAAAGGAUUAUCUAAUAUGAGGUCUAGAGGGGAAGAGCCACCUUUAAAUAUGGGCAUGCUUCCAGAAUAUCAAAAGUUAAUUUCAAUAUGUAAUUAUAGAUUCAUCAGAGAAUUCACGAAAGGAGUUGAUGACCAAUGGACUGUAAACUUACUGAAUCACUUUAAACCUUCUGACGAAUUAUAAUUGGAAUUGUUUCAAAUUGGGGAUGUUAACAAUUAAAUUAGUGAAAUAUAUUUUUUAAUUUCAAUCGGGUAUUUAUUUAAGUUAAAUCAAAACUGAAAAAUGGUCGUCUAACAAAAUAAAACUGCUUGUGACGAUAGACCAAAAUUUUAAACCCUUGUAAUUUAAGGCGAGAGUUUAAUUGCAUUUAAUUUCAGUUCCAAAUGAAUUUGAAAAGUAUAAAAGAUAGAGAUAAGAAUUGGUAGACAUUUAUGAAAUAAAUCACAGCAGUUGCUGACACCAAUAUAAAUAAUGCAACUUUGAGUAGACGUCUUCAUAUACCACAAAUUAAACUAAAGCACGAAUUUUGAGCCACGUGUAUUCUUUUAACGUGGAAAGAGUCAAGACAUGAUCCAUAAUGAAAUUGUAAAACAUAUUAAAUCUAAAGCAUAUCAGUGAUGACUUAAAUAUUAAAAUUAUUCUUCUGUGUUGUCCAUUUAUACACAUUUAAUAA